UUGCGUCGUGGAGUUGGCGCGUCCAGUUCGUGCGUCGCGUCCGCGGAGCAAACAGCAGCAGAGCAGCGGUGCGCGUUCCUCCUCCAGAUCCGCGCGCGUCCCGGGGAGCAUCCACGGAGCGCGUGCCUCGGAGCCCGGGAGGAGGAGGAUACUGCUGGUGCUUCAUCUCUCUUUGGACCGAUUGAGGCGUAGCUUUAGUCUUUUCCCUGAUGGUAACGCACACCGAGCGGCUGGAGACAUGUGGAAUAAAGCGCGGAACGUGCGGCGCCUCGCGCUAGUGUGUUUCCUCCUGACGCUUCGGGCUCAGGUGUCUCUGGCCUCCGGUUACUUCGAGUUGCAGCUGAUUUCGGUUGAGAACCCCAAAGGUCAGCUGCUGAACGGCGACUGCUGCGACGCGGAGAGCGGCGCGUCCGACGGACGCUGCGGCGCGGACGAGUGCGACACGUACUUCAGAGUGUGUUUAAAGGAAUACCAGAAGGAGGUGACGACCGGCGGGCCGUGCAUCUACGGCUCGGACACGACCAAGGUUAUCGGUGGGAAUACUUUUCAGUUCAAGGGCAGCCAGAAAACCGGCCCGAACCGGAGCAACGACGCCGGCAGGAUCGUGAUCCCCUUCCAGUUCGCGUGGCCGCGAUCCUACACCGUCAUAGUGGAGGCCUGGGACAAGGACAACGACACCCACAGCAGCGACGAGCUGCUAAUCGAGCGAAGCGUCCACAAAGGCAUGAUCAACCCCGGAGAGGAGAAGCAGAUGGUGGAGCACAAAAGCCUGAUCGCUAGCUUCGAAUACAGCAUCCGCGUGCGCUGCGACGAGCACUACUAUGGCAGCAAGUGCAACAAAGUGUGUCGCCCACGCGACGACUAUUUCGGCCACUACGUGUGCGACCAGCUGGGAAACCAGGGCUGCAUGGAGGGCUGGACGGGGCCCAGCUGCAAAACAGCCGUUUGCAGGCAGGGAUGCAGCGUCCUGCACGGAGGCUGCAGCGUGCCGGGCGAGUGCGAGUGUAAGUACGGCUGGCAGGGUCCGCUCUGCGACGAGUGCCUGCCGUACCCCGGCUGCGUCCACGGAACCUGCACCAGACCCUGGCAGUGCACCUGUGAGAAGAACUGGGGAGGUCUGCUGUGUGACAAAGACCUGAACUACUGCGGGACCAACCGACCCUGUAAGAACGGAGGCACCUGUAUGAACACGGAGCCUGACGAGUACAACUGCGCCUGUCCCGAUGGCUACUCGGGCAAGAACUGCGAGAUCGCGGAACACGCCUGCGCGUCCAACCCCUGUGCCAACGGAGGGACGUGCCAUGAAGUGCCCUCAGGCUUCGAGUGCCACUGUCCGGCAGGCUGGUCUGGGCCGACCUGUGCUAAAGACACAGAUGAAUGUGCCUCCGGUCCAUGUGCUAAGGGCGGCACCUGCAUUGACAUGGAGAACGGCUUCGAGUGCCUCUGCCCCCCUCAGUGGACCGGCCGGACCUGCCAGAUAGACGUUAAUGAGUGCGCUGGAAAGCCUUGCCUCAAUGCUUACUCUUGCAAAAACAUGAUUGGUGGAUAUCACUGUGCCUGCUUUCCUGGAUGGGUGGGCCACAACUGUGACAUCAAUGUGAACAGCUGCCAUGGGCAGUGUCAGAACGGAGGCACCUGCAAGGAGUCGUCCAGACACUAUCAGUGCAUCUGCCAGCCGGGCUUUGUGGGUCCACACUGUGAGAUUCAGAGGAACCACUGUGGCAGCAGCCCCUGCAGGAACGGCGGGCGCUGCCGCGCCCUCCUGGAUGGGUUCAUGUGCGAAUGCCCUCGAGGCUUCACGGGUGCAGCUUGUGAGGUGCAGAGCAACCCGUGCAGUCCAAACCCCUGCCACAACAAGGCCCAGUGCCACAGCCUGCAGGGAGACUUCUACUGCAGCUGCCCCGAUGACUACGAGGGCAAAACCUGUUCAGAGCUCAAGGACCACUGCAAGACUAACCAGUGUCAAGUGAUUGACAGCUGCACGGUUGCUGUGGCAACCAAUGGAACCCAGAAGCGGGCGUGGCGCAUCUCAUCCAACGUGUGCGGACCCCAUGGCCGCUGCAUCAGCAUGCCUGCCGGGAACUUCAGCUGCUCCUGUGAGCCAGGAUUCACUGGCACCUACUGCCACGAGAACAUUAAUGACUGCACAUCAUCCCCCUGUAAGAACGGAGGCACUUGCAUCGACGGGAUCAACUCUUUCAAGUGUUUCUGCCCGAACGGCUGGGAGGGUGGCCUCUGUGACGUGGAUGUGAACGAGUGCAGCAGAGACCCGUGUCAGAACGGAGGCCAGUGUGUUGAUCUGCUCAACGACUUCUACUGCAAAUGUGUGGACAAUUGGAAAGGGAAGACCUGCCACUUACGUGAGAGCCAGUGCGACUCCUCUACCUGCAGUAACGGAGGGACCUGCUACGACCACGGAGACUCCUUCCUGUGCAGCUGCCCCUCGGGCUGGGGCGGCAACACCUGCAACACAGCUAAGAACAGCACCUGCGACUCGGGUCCGUGCGAGAACGGAGGGACGUGCGUCGGAGGAGGAGACGCCUUCACCUGCAUCUGCAUAGACGGCUGGGAGGGACCCACCUGUGCUCAGAAUGUUGAUGACUGCAACCCACAUCCAUGCUACAACGGCGGCAUCUGCGUCGACGGCGUCAACUGGUUUCGCUGUGAGUGCGCCUCAGGAUUCGCUGGACCCGACUGUCGCAUCAACAUAGACGAGUGUCAGUCGUCUCCUUGUGCAGGAGGCUCCACCUGCCUGGAUGAGAUCAACGGCUACCGCUGUGUGUGUCCUCCUGGAUACGCUGGACCUCGCUGUCAGGACUUCAUUGGACUCGGGAAGUCGUGUCGUCACACCGGGCUGCAGUUUCCUCACGGCAGCAGGUGGGACGAGGACUGCAACACCUGUCAGUGCGUCAACGGGAACGUCCGCUGCUCCAAGGUGAGGUGUGGCCGCCGCCUCUGCCUGCUGCCAAAGGCGCCUCCUCCCCCAGAGCUCAGCGCCCCGUCCUGCCCCAGAGGUCACGAGUGUGUGGAGCACCAGUACUUCACCUGCUUCUCACCUCCGUGCCCCCAGUGGGGCGUGUGCUCCACGCCGGACCCCCCCAUGCCUCUGCACACCCAGUGUGAACCCAACAGUGGUUACCUUGACAGCAGCUGCGCUCACAUGACGCUCAUCUUUCACAAGGACAAAGUGCCGCAGGGCACCACUGUGGAGAUGAUCUGCUCCGAGCUGAGGUACCUCCCCGUGACUCAGACGCUGGCCGAGGAGCGAGCCCUUCUCAUCCUCUGCGACCUGUCCUACUCCACCAGUGAUGCAGUGGAGGUUGCCAUGUCGUUCGAGCAGGACGGCCGAAAGGACGGCGACCGGCAGAUCCAGAAGGUGCCCGGCGCCAUCAUCAGUGCGCUGUCCAAACGCCACAACAGCACAGUCCUGCUGGCCGUGGUGGAGGUCAAAGUGGUGCCGGAGGGUCCCCCUCCUGUUGGUUACCUGGUCCCGCUGCUGUGCAUCGUCUUCAGCCUCCUCUGGAUCUUCUGCAUCGUGGUGUGUGUGUGGUGGACCCGCAAGAGGAAGAAAGAGCGCGAAAGAAUGGCCCGAUCCGAGGACACCACGGUCAACAACCAGCUGGAGCCGCUGCGGAGCAACGCCCACAAGGACAACCGCGACAAGGACAUUCACUACGAAUGCAAGAAGCUGAUGGGCGCCUCCGACAGGACGUGCGACGGCGCCGAGGACGAGGAGGAGGCGGAGCAGGAGGGGGAGGAGGACGAGGAGCGGGCGCCGGGCAAGUGUCCGGCCCACAAGGACAGGGGCAUGCUGGGUAAGAGAGGGCUGGUCUGCACCACGCGCAGCGGCCCGGUGAAGGCGCCGCACCGGACGGCGUACAGCCCCAAGGACAACCGCUGUAAGAAGCACAACGCCGCCAAGCUCAGCGAGGACAUGAAAGACCACUACGUAUGAGCGCGUGGGAGGAGGAACACAUGCUUCACUUCUAAGCGCGCUUCUCACAUCUUAUUUAACUUACAGGCUUAUUUUAUUAACCAAAAGAGACACUGCAGCUUCUGGAGGGUUCUUGUGUGGGAGCAGCUGCUCUGACGACUCCCACUGGUCUGAACUGGUCUCUGCUGGAGACUGGACCCGCUGCAGCUGGGAGCGCGGCCCCUGCUGCCCGCCUGCCUUAGCCCAGACCCUCAGGCCUUUCUACACUCACACUUGCCUUUUUAUACAAGAUCAGUCAGGUUCUGAUGAUACUUUUUUGUUUACAUUUAUACACGUCUUUUCCACUUCGUGUUUUUGAUGCCGUUGCAGAAUAAUUUCCACAGCUUCCUGUGGUUCUACGUGAGGAUGUUUCAGUAUUGCUCUAAUAGAAAAGUGCCUUCAGCCUCUUGUUUUCCUCCCGUUCCCUGCUCCUGUAGACUUUAUGCAGAAUUCAAGUCCAUAUAAAGGGAAAGGUCCUGAUGACAACUCUUAAUACUAAGAAAAGGUUAUUUUCUAUGUGAUGUACAUAUGUAAAUAUGAACAAAUGACUGUAUAUUUGAAUUUAGUAACUUAACUGAUGCUUUGUAUCAUAGUUAUUCUAAAGUGGAUGUUUUUUAAUGAUGUCAUUCCGUUUAUUGGUGUCUGUUGACACCGAGACAGGUUUUAUACAGAUUUUCGGACCGUGUUCUGGGUCCCACUGAAAGCGAACAGAUGAUGGUUGUGUUAUGGUCUGUUACAGCUGUUGGAGAGUGGUUUGUUUGGCCUGUUGUUGGAGCCCCCUCUCUACGGGUCCUGAGUGACAUUUGAUGCAUGUGUGGAGGCCCUGUGACCAGAGUCGGCUUCUGUAACAAAUUCAGUUUUACGUUUUGAAGAUUUAUUUUGAAAAGGUUUUCUGCACCAGAACCUCAGUUUAAGAUUGGAGUUCCCACAUAGAAAAGAACGUUUCCAGAGCCCUUCUCCACCCACAAAUACAUGUUUAUUAAUGCAAACAUAAAUGUCGUGCAUUAUUCCCUACACGUCCCGCAGUCUGUAUGUAAUAACAGAACCACCCUGUUGGUCUCCGUACAGAGGCUUUUGUGACCCAGCAGCAGGUUCUGGAGCAGAACAUGUGUUUGUUUUGCUUUCGUGUAGUGUUUAAAGUGUAGCUGUAUGGUAGAAUUCGACCACAGAACGUGUUGGUCUAUUUAAAACAAAGGCACUGGCUCCUGCUGUGUGCUUGGGUGCCUCUGUUCAGCCUCCGUGUGCGUGUGUUUGCUGCGGAUGUGGGACGUACACGCUCUUCACGCGACUUUCCUAGCGUCCCAUUCAAUUUGUGUGCGUACAGCUCUGACGCACAAAGCAGGUUCUCUUACUGUGUACAGUAAGCUCCUGAUCAGGGUCGCAGGAACCUGGUGGCGUGGGCCUUGAACUGAUCUGAUCUUCAACACGCACUUAGGGGUCAAAGGGCGCAGGCAGCGCCACUGCUGGUGUGUGCAGCCUCUAACCCACAGCACAUGUGGCUUCAUCGUCACAGCGUUGACAGCAGACAUGCCACACAGGGCAGCAGGGUGUUUGGGGACUGAACCCGUUUCCCACUCAGCUCCAGUGCCCUUUACCAAAUGCUCAACCACCAUCACAGACGAACAGGACGCUGCUUUGUGGGGCUGAGUUUGUAGCGUAGUCCUUCCUCCUGCGUUAGCUCUGCCUCUCCCUGUGUGUCUAUUUUGGUCUAAUGAAGGGAACAAGUUGUGUUGUUGAUGUUGUUGACUGUUGUGGUUGUUGUCCAGUGUUUGUAAGAGUCUGUUUCUGCACUAAUAACACACAGGAGAGGGAAACUUUGAAAGGAGUGAGGGGAAAAGUCACUGAACAUUAUGGUUUUUGAAUUUUUUUGUUUUUAAUAAUAGAAAAUAAUGGAAUUACACAAAUUGAUGCUCUGUCAGUAAAGUGUUGCAGAGAAGGGGCUAAAUGUGCAGACCAUUGUAAUUAUUAUGUACAAAACUUGGUAAAGUCUUGGUUUGUUAGUGGAUUGUUUUUGUUUGUUCUUAGAACAAUCCUCUUAUUUAUUAAAGUAUUUUAUACCAAAGGUG